AUGACGGGACUACUAGUGGGGCUCUUCCUGCUGAUGCAGGGCAUGCUCUCUCGAGCGUUAGACUUGGACUUAUCUUCUAGAGAAGAUGUGUGCCAUUUCACCAAUGAGAUACAGAAGGGUAUCAUGGACUAUUACUGGGGAAGCAAGUACGGCGGGAUCGUGGGGAUGUUCCAGCCGCCAUACUACUGGUGGGAGGCCGGCGAAGUGUUCGGUGGGAUGCUGGAAAACUGGUAUCUGUGCGACAAUCAGGAGUACGAGUCGGUGCUGCGGGAAUCCAUGAUCGCGCAGACCGGCGAUAAAUUCGAUUACAUUCCUGCGAACCAGUCGACUACGGAGGGUAACGACGACCAGGGCGUGUGGGCGCUGUUCAUCAUGGGCGCAGUGGAGCGUAACUUCAAGGAUCCGGAGAAGGAGGGCAUGCCUGGCUGGCUAACCAUGGUCCAGACCGUUUUCAACAAAAUGGAAGCUCGCUGGGAUGCCGAGAACUGUGGUGGGGGGCUGCGGUGGCAGAUUUUCCAGUGGAACAACGGGUACACGUACAAGAACACCAUUGCAAAUGGGUGUCUGUUCCAGCUUGCCGCGCGGCUCGGUCGGUACACAGGCAACCAGACGUACCUGGACGUCGCAUCGAAGGUUUUCCAGUGGCUGGUGGACGUGAAGUACAUCGUGCUUGAGGACAAGGCGCGCGUCUUUGACGGCGCGCACAUCCACGAGAACUGCUCGGAUAUAAAGGGGAUCGAGUGGAGCUAUAACCACGGGAUCAUCCUGGCCGGUGCGGCGUACAUGUACAACGCUACGGGCGGGUCCCCAGAGUGGGAGAGCCAUGUUACGAAAAUUCUGGCUGGCGCCGCCGACUUCUACUUCCGCGACAAGAUCAUGUACGAGCGGGCGUGCCAGGACUACAACACCUGCGACAAUGACCAGCGCUCCUUCAAGAGCAUCUUCUCCCGUAUGCUUGCCAUCACCAGCGUGGUCGCUCCGUUCACCCGCGGCACCAUCGACGAGCUCAUCUACGCCAGCGCCACGGCGGCCUCCAAGUCCUGCGAACAAGGUACGCACGGCUACACCUGCGGCCUCAACUGGCACAAGGGCACGUAUGACGGCGUAUACGGCCUGGGCGAGCAGGCUUCCGCUCUCGAGAUCAUCCAGAACGUCCUCAUCCACACAAAGGCCCCGCCGUUAACAGCUGACACCGGAGGGCAGAGCGAGGGUAACCCCGAUGCAGGCCUCGACCAUGACUCACAGCCUGCUAUCCUGAGAGGGAUGCACAAUAUCACUGGUAAGGAUCGCGUCGGUGCUUCACUCAUUACUGCAAUUUCCCUUGGUCUGAUGCUUGGCUGUGCGCUGUGGAUGAUCUUCUAG